AUGGCUAAACAAUCCCUAGACGUCUCCUCUAACAGAAACAAGUCCAGAAAGGCAUACUUCACUGCCCCAUCAUCCGCCAGACGUGUGUUGAUGUCUGCUCCUCUAUCCAAGGAACUAAGAGCUCAAUAUGGUAUCAGUGCUCUUCCAAUCAGAAGAGAUGAUGAAGUCCUAGUUGCCCGUGGUGCCAAGAAAGGUCAAGAAGGUAAGGUUUCUUCCGUUUACAGAUUGAAGUUUUCUAUCCAAGUUGACAAGAUCUCUAAGGAAAAAUCUAACGGUGCUUCCGUUCCAAUCAACAUCCAUCCAUCUAAGGUUGUUAUUACCAAGCUACAUCUAGACAAGGACAGAAAGGCUUUGAUCGAAAGAAAGGGUGGUAAGCUAGAGUAA